AUGGAAGACUCCAACCCCAAUUCGGAUGUCUCGUACCCAGUAGCACUACCCUCAGGACCCAGCGCGCAGGCGGAUGCGGCAAUAGUCGACGACGCUCCAUCCAGCACCCCCAUUCCAGUGGACGACGAGGCGGAGACCCCAAGGAGUCGCGAGCCCGGCAGCAUAUCCUCCAUGGGUUUCAACACCAAUAACCUGGGCCAGCAUUCGUCCACCCAGCUCGAGCUCCAGGAUAUCGACGAACGGCGGAAGAAGGACCGAAAAGAACAUCAGGAAGAGAGAGACCAGGACCGAGCAGAACAGAGGGAGAAAGAGCGCAAGCAACAGGAAGAAAGAGACAAGGACAGAGAAGAAAGAAACAGGGAUCGAGAAGAACAGAGGGAGAGAGAGCGCAAGCAACAGGAAGAGAGAGACAAGGAUAGAGAAGAGAGGAGAGAGGAGUACAGACAAUUCUUUGCUUACAUGGAUAGCAAAACUACGGCCAUCCUAGGACAGGUCGACCAGAGGAUUGCUGAACAAGCCCAGGAAAUUAAAGAUAAAAUCACCGAUGAUCUCAACAUCCGAAUGGAUGAGAUGUCCCUAAAUAUGGAGAGCAAACUUGCCGACUUGAACACAAACUUGCAAGUCGACAUAACCAACGAAACCCAAAAGCUAGAAAAGCGGAUGACGGAGAAAAUAGUUGACCAAAUAAAAGUGACCGAGGAACAGACCCGAGCACAUUUGCAAAUUGAAUUAAAAAAUCAUCACACUAAGUGCGAAAGUGGAUGCCAGCACUUAGAACAAGAGCUUAAAACUGCUAUUCGAGCUGUGAGCACCUCCGUGGAUCUUGUUAGUCUCAAAAUUGAACAAAAUACAAAGAACCAGUCAACCCUCGAGAGCCGAAUAGACCACCUAUCGUAUCAACAGGAAAAUCUAAGCAACAAGGUCAAUUCCAUGCAAGAUGGCAUUCAAGAACAAAAAACCCAGUUGGAAAGGAAAAUGGCCGCCACAGAUUCUAAAAUCAUGCAUCUGGAAUCCUGA